AUGAACACUUUUGUGAGCGAAGUGAAAAACAUCGAUGUCAAGUUACAUGUUCCACGGUCUCAUUCCCACCGCAAGUAUCAACUCGUGGAGUUGUCUAAUGGACUUCGAACGUUUUUGAUAAAUGAUAGGAGCAGCGAUCUCUUUUCCGCUGCCAUGAUAGUCGGCAGUGGUUCUGCUAAUGACCCAGAUGAAUCUCUUGGCCUUGCUCAUCUAUGUGAGCACAUGUUGUUUUUAGGAACACGAACAUAUCCAAUUCCUAACCAUCUUAAUCAAAUCGUAUCUUCGGCAGGUGGCUUUACCAACGCUUACACUACGAUGGAGCAUACAUGCUACCACUUCGAGCUCUCGUCGUUUGCAAAGUCAACAGAUGAAACAGUGUUUAUCAUUGACCAAGUUCUUGAUAUUUUUUCGUCAUUUUUCAAAUGCCCAUUGUUCAAGGAGAAAUACAUCAAGGGAGAAAUUAAUGCUGUGGAAGAAGAGCAUCGAGGGAAUACGGAAGACAUGAACAGAAUAAUUUUCCACGCCCUUCGUCUUCUUGCAUCUCCAAACCAUGCCUUCCAUCGCUUUGGAACAGGCAACAAGGAUACGUUAAGUGCUCUCGGCACGAAGACCUUGCAGAGGUAUUUACGUGCAUACUUCCAACGCUUCUACACUACACGGAAAAUGGUACUUGUUUUGAAAGGCCCCCAAUCGAUAAAUCACCUCAAGAAGCUUUUGGUAGCUCACUUCUCCGACUUGGUGAUAACCUCACUUGACCACUGGAGGGGAUCAAAUUCCUCCUUCGUUUCUGAUCAUGACAUAUACUUCAGCCCCCAGCUUUAUGGAUAUUCCGACACUCCUCUUUUUCUGCCUACGACGAAGGCUAUCUUUCUCAAGGUUCCCAAGGACACACUUCUAAGACUAUGUUAUCCAUCGAAACAUAUUUUUGACACAGCAGGUAUUGGGCGGCUCAAGAGCUUGAUUUGUAAUCUAAUUGGCGACGAGUCCAUGAACACAGUUUGCGAUUACUUAAAACGCAAAAAGGGAUGGGCCACAGACAUCAUGGUAUUCUGCCAAAACACGUUCAUGAAUGAUGAUGUGCUUGUGGUUGAUAUCGGCUUGACACCAUUAGGUUUGAAAAACCUUCCUCAAGUGAUCGAUACACUCCAUUACUUCGUCAACUAUACUGUUGUAAGGGCAAACAUAUUCGAUUUGGAAAAAGUGGCUAGUGACUUGCUUGAUCUUGAAGAAACUCUAUUUUUGCAAAGAAAUGUCGAGGCAUGCUUCGUUGAUGAAAUUUGCGACUAUGGUGAGAAAAUUGAAAAAGGGGACCUAGCACUUCCAGACAUAGUUCGUGGGUACGGAGAUUUGCUUGAAGACGGGAGUCGGCUCAAAACCGUGCAACAACUACGAAAAGCGUUCAUAGAAUGCUUCACCGAAGAAAACGUACGUAUAAUCGUGGCGCAUAAGGAUCUCACUCCACUCAACCACUUCAAGAAAAAUAUGGAAGAUUACGAAAUAGCCACUGAUUCGUACUAUCAAUAUGAGUUCGUAAAGAUAACGGAAUCAACACCAAUGACUUUCAUUAAUUUGGACCUUGACUUGGGUCUUGAACUACCAACUAUCUCCUCAAAUCUCAAAGAGCUGGUUGAAAACUCGAGAAAAAGGGGUAAUAGUAACGAUCCUGAUGAUAACGAUGAUGUUGGUUUUGUGAGAGGUAUGAGAGCCAAAGAAAACCAUCCAUGCCUAGUUUGGUUUGAUGAGGCUGCGGAGAUAUGGCAAAUUGACCCUGAUGGUGAGGAUCAAGAGUCGAUUUACAUCACUGUGACCUUUCACCUUCGUGAAAUCGAAAAAUCACCCGAGAAUAUUGUGGGAAUAGAGCUAGUUGCAGAAAUCGUCGGAGAAGAGCUACGAUACAAGCUUUAUCACUAUGAGCUCUUGGGUCACACAUGGGGGUUUUUCGUCAAUGUAACUGGUGAACCCUCAAUACUCGUAUCGGUUUCAGGGCCAAAGAGCAGCAGUGUGACGUUGUUGCAAAUCAUACUUGAUCAGUUACGAAUGCGGAUUGGCUGCAAGGAAAAGAUUGCAUAUCAACAGUUCAAACGGGCUAGAGUGAACACAAGAAAAAGAAUAGAAGAAACGCAAAGUGCAACUGGUUUGAGGAAGGUUUUCUCUGCAGCCUACCUUAUUAUUGAGAAGGAUUUGAUCACUCCAAAUCAAAAACUUGAAGCAUUGGAACUUUAUGACACGGACAGCUUGACAACACUUUCUGAACAAUUAUUGAGAUUAAAGCCAUUUACACAGCUUUUAUUUGAAGGAGACAUCGACGACGAAGAACGUACAAAAAUUAUUGACGCAGUCUCCCUAGGGGAAAAUCAAGUUGCUUCAUAUAACGUACUAGCCAAACAAAGUCAUGCGUCCAGCUACUUUCUUCCCGAUGGACGAAAUUUAAUGUUUUCACUGCAAGGAGGCACAGAUGAUACGGCAAACACUGUAUUUUACUAUUUACAGCUUGGGCCCAGGAAUGAUCUUGAAGUAUAUGCUUGGGGCCGUUUGUUCGAACAUUAUCUCUCACAUACAGCAUUAAACGAGCUACGAACAAAGCGACGUUUAGCUUACAUGGCUUUUACAGGGAUGAAGUUUUUUCGCCAAUCCUUUGGAAUUCACAUCACGAUUCCUAGUGGAGAAUUUGAUUGUCACCGACUAGCUGACGAGAUAGAAGGGUACUUGUGGCGCUUGGAGCAAAACCUAAACCAACUCACCGAAGAGCGUUUUAAAAGUGAAAUUUUGGAACCAUUCAUUCAAGCCCUCGACCAGAAUGCCAAUCACAUCAAUACCCCCUCGGGCUUAUUUCUGACACUACAGCCUGUGCAAGGCUCGGGAGAUAAACCAGAAACUGCGGAAUUCAUGGCACAUUGGAGCAGGGUCGAUCAGAUAAUAAACGGCACAUAUCGCUUCGGAGGGACGGUAUGUGAAGAGCCGGUCAACAAGAAUUUCCUUCAAAAUCUCUCGUUGGAAACAUUCUUACAAUAUGUCCGAACAUUUAUUUCCGUGAAAUCCCCUCAAAGAUCAUGUCUCAUUGUCGCUAAUGCUGCAGGGACUCAGCUGUACGAAGCCUGUAAGUCGCAAUUUGCAACCAUUAUACAUCGUCAACUCCGAGAAGGGGACGUUAACAUCACUCACACUAAAGUGACCAGCUUGCUCGAAGCUUGCAGAGACCAAGAGGGCUUCACUGACUUACCAGUACUUCUCAAGGAGUAUAUCAAGGAGAGUAAACAGAAUUCCAAGUUGGUAAAAUUGGCAUUCAAAAGAUUCGCUACCUCCAUAGUGCGAGGUGCAACGUCCAAAAUUUCCGCUCGGCCAAUUGCAAGGUUCGACACCCAUCCAAUAUCCAACAAGACGGAAUUCACCAAUUAUAAAGAUAUACAAAACCUAUGCUAUGUGGGGAAGCGGAUUUGCUGGCACGAUAAAAUCCUCAGCUUAGAAAGCAUAGCGCAGGGCUAG